AUGUUAUUUUUAAUUAUUAUUUUUAAUAUACUUUAUAAUAGUACUAUUUACGUUCCUACUUUAAAGAUGCUUUUAAGUGUCGAUUAUUUAUUAAAAGAAGGAAAUUAUAGAAAUCAAAAAGAUAUUAUUGACUUUCACAAUUCAAAACCAAAUAAACAAGAUUUUUCAAAUCCUCAAAAUAAAAUUUUAAAAUUAGAAACAGAACAUAAAAUGAAAAAAAUUGGCAUUAUAGAUUAUGACAGAUCUUGGGUAGAAAAUUUAAAAAUAAAUUAUUUGUACUUACAACCUGAUAUUUUACACAACAUAUUAUUGGGUAUUGUACAAUGGGUUUUAAAUUAUAUUUUCAAAAAAUAUAAGGAUCAAAUUACAAUUUUUAUAAAAAAAUUAAAAGAAGCUAAAAUCAUUCCAGAUCAUUUACCACCAUCAGAAUCUUUAUUUGGUGUAAAAACAAGAAAAGGUAGAGAGAAUAGAAGCAUAUUAUAUUAUAUUUUAUUUUUUACUAAAUCAAAUGUAUCAAAUGAUGAUUUCUUAUUAUUAGAAGAAAUGGUUCAGCUUACUUUUUUAUUAUAUCAAGAUUCUUUCGACGAAGAUGAUUUGGAUAAAAUAAAUUAUUUAGUUAAAAAUUUUAAUAAAAAAAUAUUUAUGAUAAUACCAAAUGAACCAAUCAACUUUCACCUUUUAUUACAUUAUCCUUUAUAUAUAAAAAAUUGGGGUGCACCAAAAUUUACAUCAGCAGAGAGAUUUGAAGCACAAUUUAGUAAAAUUAAAGACCUUUUGACAAACAAUACAAACAACCAAGAUCAACAUAAAUUUGAAAGAGUAACAAAAAUAUUAAUGGCAACAUUUUUAGAUAAUUUUAACAAUCUAAAAGAAAAAGAUGUUGACAAUAAUGAUUUAAUUGUAGGGCAAAUAAUUAAAAAAAAUGAAAAUAUUUAUUUAAAAAAUAAUAUUUUAUCAGACAUUAACUUGCA